UGUUUUUUGUGUUAUAACUGUUCUAGUUAUAUUAGUCUAUAUAUUUAUAAUGUGGCGUUACAAUAAAUGGUUUCUCGCAGUCUCGGGUUUUCUCGAGGAAUACAGCAUGGAGUCCUUCAAAAGGGGUUUGAGAAGGGUCCUAAAGAGUCGGCAACACGCUUGUGACGCCCCUGCUGUUGCAGGCGUUCAUAGGCGACGGUAAUCGCUUUCCAUCAGGCGGGCCGUAUGCUGGUUUGCUGCCUACAUAAUAUAAAAAAAUGUUGUUUUGUUCAAUAAUUGGCUAUCAGCCCUCUGCCUCUUCAACUUCGACACCCGAUUACCAAUUAUCGUAACUCUGGUUAUUUUCAGGGUAAUCCCGUUAACCUAAACUAUUACUUAAAUGUCAACGAUGCUAAUAUUACUAUUCCACUAGAAUAUGGCCUGCAGUGCUGCGGCAAGCGACGUACGGCACGAUCAAGUUCGGCACUUACUAUUCGAUGAAAAAAUGGAUAGCCGCGCGACGCGCCGACGGCGGGGCCAAGGAGCACCUGGCGACCAACACGUUCUGCGCCGCCUUCGCGGGCGGCCUCUCCAGCGCCAUUGCAAAUCCCACCGAUGUGCUUAAAGUGCGGAUGCAGGCAGGCCACGAAAAAGGCCGCAUAGUGAGAUGCUUCAUCGACAUUUACCAUUUGGAAGGGGUGAAAGGUCUCUGGCGGGGCGUGACGCCGACGUCGCAGCGCGCCGCUGUCAUAGCCGCGGUGGAACUACCGGUCUACGACGCGUGUAAGAAGAAACUCACGCUAACGUUGGGCGAUACCCCUGCGAACCAUUUCGCAUCGAGUUUAGUCGCUAGUCUAGGCAGCGCCGUUGCUAGUACGCCCCUUGAUGUCAUACGAACGCGGUUAAUGAAUCAAAGGAAAAUGAAGGAUCACAUCGCGAAGCCAAACGAGAAAUUGUAUAAGGGAACUGUGGAUUGUUUCUUACAGACGGUGCGCAGCGAAGGCUUCCUGGCGCUGUACAAGGGCUUCGUGCCCACGUGGCUGCGCAUGGGGCCCUGGAACAUCAUCUUCUUCAUCACGUACGAGCAGCUCAAGCAGCUGUACUAGGGCCUGGCAGCGGACGAGCGAUUCCUGCUUGAGGGAGAACGCUGGAAAGAAAUCGUUCUUGGAGAAUGACUUUGUGCUCACGCUGGCUUCAAGAGUGACUCGAGCUUCUAGUAAGUACUUCUUGAAACGAAACAAACCACGAACUUCUCCAUUUAAAUACUAUGUGGAAUAAUUAUUUGUUACUUUGAAAAAACAGAAACUGAAGAUAUUUAAUUUUUUUAGAAAGGAGCAAAAGGGUAAAAGAGCAAAAUAAGUUGGUUCAAUUAUUAUUUAUAGAUAUUUUUUAUGAAACGAUCGUAUUUGUAUUUUGAUCUUUUCUUAAAAGAUAUUGACUAUUCCAGACACGUCAUGAAAGAUCUGCAUUUUUAAUUAAGCGGAUGAAAGAUAUU